UUUACCCACAACAACAAAUAAUAGAAAAAACUUUCUUCAUUUGCAUCGCACAGUCAUUCAGCAAAAAAAAAAAUUCUAACUUGUUGAUAAAGAUAUUUCCACAUUUUCAUUCGUUGUAGAGAGUGUGCAAUGAUCUACGAUGACUAAUCUUUCGGUUGUAGCUCUCGCGAUCAUUUUUCUGGCCGACAGUGGCUGGAGAUUGGCACAGGCAACAGCAAGCCAGUGUCAUCGGCUGGAUCCGUGCCGGUGCGAGUUUGAAAACGGGCAGGGAUUCGACAUACGGUCGGUGGUGACCAAGGUGGAAGGCUACAUGCACACGGUGGAUCCUAAGACAUCGGAUAAGUACUUCUUUAAUCCGUGCCAGGACAUAAAAUUUCUUCCGAGUGAUGGUAAAGAAUGCAGCUCCGGCGAUGGCUAUUCGCUGUGUCGAUUUAAUAAUGCAACUCAGCAUUAUCAGAAGCUGGGUACAACGAAGAAUAGUAGUUUCUUCACAAAUGAACACGGACAGCAAUUUCUAGUUUUCCAUUUGAAUUUAACUGUGACAUCAAUUCAGUUGCUCUGUCUGAAGCACGAUGAAUCUUAUUUGUUUGUUAAUCCGGAUGAGAUCAAAUUGAGAGCUGAUAAUGGCAAUAAUCUCAUCCUAUUUUCACCCUACGCAUGUCCGGUGACAAUCGAAGAAAUCAGUAAACCCAGUACGGGAGGGGUGCUACUCAUCUUAUUUCUAAUAGGAGCGUUCACGUACUUUACGAUCGGUUCGAUUGUGCGCUUCAUGUACUUAGGGGCUCGAGGUAUAGAAGUGAUACCUAAUUUGGAGUUUUGGAAGGACCUUCCAGGGCUUGUACAGGAUGGAUUUCGCUAUGUGAGAAAUGGAUGCCGUGUGGAACGACAGGGUCCCGAUCCAGAUUCGUACGAUGCCAUCUAGGGCUGCAGCUUGCUAUCGUGAAGCAUCACACAAUACCAAAUCCAAGGAUUUUUUCCAGCCUUUUUUCGACCACGACUGUAAAUAAGCAGAGGAGAAUUAGGAAGCUGAAACUAAUACAAAAAAGAUAUUUACAAGGGAUUGAGGGUGUUCUUCGAGUAUUCGGCGUAUGUUUCCCAGAAAGCCAAAAAUGAUUUCCCUGUUCAAGUGUAAAAGUAAUCGACAUAAGAUCAAUUUGACCAUCCUAUUGCUCAGUCGUUUUCGAAUGACUAAAUUAGUUUUCAUACUUCCUGUGUUGCAGAAAAAAUAGGCUGGGUGGUAUAAAUGACUUAGGAAUACUAUGUGUGAAAAAGAAGUGAAUAAAGUGCUUUUUGUUAAAAAUCA